CGAUGUUGAAGCGCAGUACAAAUAAUGAUUUUGUUUAAGACUAUUUGCUUCUGGUUGUCAUCAAGACCGUUUGAUUAGGAGAAAUGUGAUAAAACUGUCCUCAGAAAUACUGAAAUAGUAGAAGUGAAGCUCCUCUGGACUGAUAUAAGUCGACUGAAACCCUCAACAAGGUUGAUUUACAUCAGAUCUGCGGUUUCUUGAUGUCCGAAUCCAUGAGCUGGAUUAUUCUACUCUUAAUUCAUCUGACCUCAGCGCUCCAGUCACCAGUGUUUCUGGACAGGCGCGAUGCCGUUCAUCUGCUGAGGAACCGAAGGGCAAACGCCUUCCUGGAGGAGAUUAAACCCGGGAAUCUGGAGCGGGAGUGUUAUGAGGAGCGCUGCUCUCUUGAGGAGGCGUCUGAGAUAUUUCAGAGCAGAGAGAAGACGAUGGAGUUCUGGUACAAAUAUCAGAAUCUGAAUCUGUGUCGCUUUAACCCGUGUCUGAACGGAGGAAUCUGCAGCGAGAGCCGCGGCGUGCUCGAGUGUCUCUGUCCUCCACAGUACAGCGGGAACAACUGUCAAACAGAGGUGUUUGACUGUAAAUAUAAGAACGGAGGGUGUCUGCACUACUGCAGUCAGUCAGAGCAGACGGCGGGUGUCGUGUGCAGCUGCGCAGACGGUUACCAGCUGGAUGAAGACGGACGCAGCUGCAAUCCAGCAGUGCAGUAUCCGUGUGGGAAGCAGUGGGUUGGUGGGAUCAUGUCUCGUUCACUGGAUGAUAUAAACCUCACAGAUGCUGAUUAUGCAAACCACACCCACAUCACAACAAACUCCUCCCACUCAUUACAUAAUAACAGUUCUUUGGAUAACUCCACUCACUCGUCAAACCAAACCAAUCCUGAGUCAGAGGAUGAGCCGUCUGACACAGGAAGUGACAUCAGCGGCGUGAACGAGGACACGCGUAUCGUUGGCGGUCAGCUGCAGGGUCAGGGCGGGAGUCCGUGGCAGGUUCUGUUGCGUCGUAAGGAUGAGCACGGUUUCUGCGGCGGCACUCUGAUCAAUCAGCGCUGGGUCGUGACGGCAGCUCACUGUCUUCAGCAAACACCACAUCACGUGACCAUCGGAGACUACGAUAAGAUGCGUCCCGAUAAAGACGAGCAGCAGAUCAAGGUGCAGAAGGUCGUCCUCCACCCGCAUUUCCACGAGUACACCUUCGACAGCGACAUCGCUCUACUCUACCUGUCCCGUCCUGUCACUCUUGGUCCGUUCGCCGUCCCGGCUUGCCUACCUGACGCCAACCUGGCCACGCGCCUGUUGAAGCCCGGAGAGCAGGGCCUUGUGUCGGGAUGGGGCGCCACGGGCUUCCUGCGGCGCUCGUCCCGCUUCCUGAGGAAGGUGAUGCUGCCGGUGGCCGAUCAGAUGAGCUGCAUCAACUCUACUGAGCACGCCAUCACCGAUAACAUGUUCUGCGCCGGAUACCUGAUGGAGGAGAUGGACGCCUGCACCGGCGACAGCGGCGGACCCUUCAUAGUCAACUACAGGGGCACCUGGUUUCUGGCCGGGGUGGUGAGCUGGGGCGAGAGAUGCGCGGCCGAGGGCAAAUACGGCGUUUACACCAGACUGGGAAACUACUUACCUUGGAUACAUGAGGAGAUGAUGAAAGAGGAAUUGGGACGCAGCCAGAGUGAAUCCACCACUGAAGCUCCUACUGAAGGAUUGACAACUUAAACCAUACGGAAAAACAGAGUUUCAAAAAUCUUUGUAAUUCUAUUUCAUAAUAUACAAAAAUAUGUAUAUAUACUAAAAUAUAUUUUAAAAUGUUACAUGCAUAUUUUCUGUUUUUGCCAGUUUUUUUUUAAAUAUAGUUUCCAAAUAUACAUUUAUUUUUAAAGCAUU